UUUAAACCCUAGGAACUAAGGAUGGCGCUAUGACCGUCCGCAGUCAGCAGAAGGUAUAACUAAUACUAACAAAAAUAUAUGGGAAAACAUAUCCACGGACAGGAGUUUUGAAGACAUUCUCUUCCUUCUAGCUUCACUGUAAUCUAAGUGUAAUUCUGAGUCUUUUUUGUUCUGUCCGUUAGGAGAUUUAAUACUUGAAGAAAGAUGGGAAUAUUUGAACCCUUCAGAGCUCUGGGAUAUAUCACGGAUGGUACUCCUUUUGCUGUUCAAAGGCGUGGAAUGGAGACUUUUGUCACUCUCAGCACUGGAAAAGCUUGGCAAAUUUAUAAUUGCGCCAAGCUGAAUCUUGUACUAUCAGGACCUGAAUUGGGGAAAAAGAUUAGAGCACUAGCAUCUUGGCGUGAUUUUACAUUUGCUGCUACUGGACAUGACAUCGUGGUUUUUAAGCGAGCCCAUCAGGUGACUACAUGGAGUGGACAUAAGGCAAAAGUUGCAUUCUUACUUCUAUUUGGAAAACAUGUUUUAAGUCUUGAUUUACAAGGUAGCCUUUUAAUUUGGACUGCUGUUGAACUCGAUCCAAACAAAGCAUUAGUUGGACAAAUACAACUAGGAGAAAAAUUCUAUCCGAGUUGCAUUAUGCAUCCAGACACUUACCUAAACAAGGUCAUUAUUGGGAGUGAAGAAGGGACUUUACAAUUAUGGAAUAUUAAUACUCAGAAAAAACUUUAUGAGUUUAAGGGAUGGGGAUCCUCCAUUCGAUGCUGUGUCUCAUCUCCAGCUUUAGAUGUGGUUGGAAUUGGUUGUGCAGAUGGCAAAAUUCAUGUCCAUAAUUUGCGAUUUGAUGAAGAGGUUGUGACAUUUACACAUACAACUAGAGGAGCAGUUACUGCAUUGGCCUUUAGGACAGAUGGGCAGCCACUUUUAGCAGCUGGAGGUUCUUCGGGUGUAAUAAGUGUAUGGAAUCUUGAAAAGAAAAGGUUGCAGUCAGUAAUAAAGGAUGCUCAUUAUUCAUCCAUUUGCUCUCUUUACUUUUUUGCAAAUGAGCCUGUACUGAUGAGUUCUUCAACUGAUAACUCUAUCAAGAUGUGGAUAUUUGACACCAGUGAUGGAGAAGCACGCCUAUUGAGAUUUAGAAGUGGUCACAGUGCCCCUCCUACAUGUAUAAGGUAUUAUGGUAAAGGGAGGCAUAUUUUAUCUGCUGGGCAAGAUCGUGCUUUUCGAUUUUUCUCUGUUAUACAGGAUCAACAAAGUAAAGAGCUUUCUCAGGGUCAUGUUGCAAAACGAGCCAAGAAACUAAAACUAAAGGAAGAAGAAAUAAAGCUACCUCCAGUUAUCGCCUUUGAUGCAGCUGAAAUUCGUGAAAGAGAUUGGUGCAAUGUUGUUACCUGCCAUUUGGAUGAUUCUUGUGCCUAUACAUGGCGUCUUCAGAACUUUGUAAUUGGUGAACAUAUUUUGAGGCCAUCGUGUGAGGUGCCAAUGGCAGUAAAGGCUUGCAGUAUUAGUACGUGUGGCAAUUUUGCUGUGAUUGGUACAGAGGGAGGGUGGAUAGAGCGAUUUAAUCUCCAAUCAGGUUUCAGUCGAGGCACCUAUAUUGAUAUUGGGGAGGAGGAACCUUGUGGACAUCAUGGAGCAGUAGUGGGUCUUGCCUGUGAAGCUACAAACUCCCUUUUGAUAAGUGGAGGUUACAACGGAGAUAUUAAGGUUUGGGAUUUCAAGGGUCGUGAUCUAAAGUUCAGAUGGGAAGUUGGUGUCCCGUUAGUCAAGAUAGUCUAUCAUGCUGGAAAUGGGCUUCUGGCUACUGCAGCAGAUGAUAUGAUUCUUCGUUUAUUUGAUGUUACGGCAGUGCGAAUUGUGCGCAAAUUUGUUGGGCACAUGGAUCGUGUUACCGAUUUGUGCUUUAGUGAAGAUGGGAAGUGGCUAUUAUCGUCCAGUAUGGAUGGAACUAUAAGAAUUUGGGAUGUAAUUUCAUCAAGGCAACUUGAUGCAAUUCAUCUUGAUGCAGCUCCAACAGCUCUUUCUAUAUCACCAAAUAUGGAUAUGUUGGCAACUACACACGUUGACAGAAAUGGCAUCUAUUUGUGGGCGAACCGUAUGAUGUAUUCAGGUGCUGAAGAUAUUGAAUCUUUCAUUAGUGGGGAGCAAGUUGUGAAGGUUUCUAUGCCAACUGUCUCGUCCAGAAAAGAAUCUGAAGAUACUGAAGAGAACAUGCUUGUUAAAGACCAGGCUAUCAAGAAGCUUGAUAUUUCAAAUAGCCUGUUAGGAAAUUCAUGCUCAGCUCAACUUACACCUGGACUUGUGACUCUUGCAAUGUUACCUAAGACUCAAUGGCAAAGUCUUGUCAAUCUAGACAUCAUAAAGAUGCGAAACAAGCCUAUUGAGCCACCUAAGAAGCCAGAGAAAGCUCCUUUCUUCUUGCAAUCAUUGUCUACACUUACUGGAGAAAGGAUUUUUGUUCAUAACUCUGUAAGUGACAGUGGUGAUCAAAAUGAGGCAGAAAAUGUUAAAAGUGCUGCUCAAGCAAAUAAAAAUGAGGGAUUUUCACCCUUUAUGAAUCUUCUAUAUUCUUGCAUAGAAACUAAAGACUUUGCAUCAGUCACAGAUUACUUGAAGAGCUUAUCUCCCUCGGCAGUGGAUUUGGAAUUGCGCAUGCUUCAAAUUAUUGAUAAUGAGAAUGUAACAGAAACUGAGCAUGCAGUAGAACUGAAAGGGAUUGGGAUGCUGCUAGAUUACUUUGUAAAUGAGGUCUUUUGCAAUAAUAAUUUUGAGUUUGUACAGGCUUUGGUUCGGCUAUUCUUAAAGAUACAUGGUGAAACAAUCCGACGGCAAAUAUUUUUACAAGAGAAGGCAAGGCAGUUGCUUGAGCUCCAAAGUUCUACAUGGCAGAGAUUAGAUACAAGCUUCCAAAGCACAAGAUGUAUGAUUACAUUUCUUAGCAAUUCACAAUUUUGACAAAUUAUUUGUAUUUAAUUCAGUCUACAAUGGGGAAGUUUUAUUCUAUUGUAUCACUGAUGCAUCGAUUCCCUUUUAAUACGGAAAGAUGUUCGUGUAAACACUGUGACCAAGAUUCUACCUUUUUAUCCAUUCAUGUAACCAGUCAGUGUAAUUGAUGGUUGUUUUAAUAAUAUCAAAGAAUCAAGUGCAUGCCUCAUCA